UCCCCGCGCGUCUGUCCGUCCGACCCGCUUCCUCCUCCGCGUGCUGCGGGCAAUCCCUUCCCUUCCUUCCCCGGAAACCCAGGCUCGCCCCCCGCCCCGAGCUCCAGCUCGGCAGGCUCCGUUCCGGCCGGCCCGCGCCAUGGAGCGCUCCGAGGCCUAUGGCUUCUCCGCCGCCAUCAGCGGCGCCUUCCUGCUCUCGUGCCUGCUCUUCUCGGCGCUGAACCGCGAGCAGCGCGCGCCCUACAUGGACGAGGCCUUCCACAUCCCGCAGGCGCAGGCCUACUGCGAGGGCCUCUUCCAGCAGUGGGACCCCAUGAUCACUACAUUGCCUGGCUUAUACUUGAUGUCUGUUGGAAUAGUGAAACCUGCAGUUUGGCUCUUUGGAUGGUCUGGAAGUGUAGUGUGCUCUACGGGAAUGCUCCGAUUUAUUAACCUCCUUUUCAGUGUUGGGAACUUCUACUUACUGUAUUUGCUUUUGUGCAAGAUACAUCAUAAAAACAAGACUGUGUCUGGUUUCCAGAGAAUCUUAUCUACGUUAACCCUUGCAAUGUUUCCUACCCUCUAUUUUUUUACAUUCCUUUAUUAUACAGACACAGGAUCAGUGUUUUUUACUCUGUUUGCAUAUUUAAUGUGCCUUUAUGGUAACCAUAAAACUUCAGCCCUACUUGGGUUUUGUGGCUUUAUGUUUCGUCAAACAAAUAUUAUAUGGACUAUUUUCUGUGGGGGAAGUGUGGUUGCACAAAAGCUAAGUGAAGCCUGGAAGACAGAAUUACAGAAGAAAAAAGAAGAAAGGAUUUCAGCCAUGAAGGGAUCAUUUUCAGAAUUAAUCAAAGUAUUACAAUUUCUUACUGAGUACAUCAUGUCAUUUAAAAACCUAGUAACUCUUAUUGUUCUGACCUGGCCGUACAUCUUCUUAGUAAUUGUGUUCUUUGCUUUUGUGGUAAUCAAUGGUGGAAUAGUUGUUGGUGACAGGAGUAGCCAUGAAGCCUGUUUCCACAUCCCUCAGCUGUUCUACUUUUUUUCCUUUACUCUCUUUUUUUCCUUUCCUCAUCUAAUGACACUUAAUAAAAUUGAAAAUUUCCUUCAAUCAGUACGGAAGCACUUGAUUCAAUAUAGCAUACUCAUUGCCAUCUCUUUAUUCCUGGUCUGGAAAUUUACAUAUGUUCAUAAAUACUUGAUUGGAGAUAACAGACAUUACACAUUUUAUGUAUGGAGAAAAGUCUUCCAAAGACAUGACCUUGUGAAAUACAUAUUUGUUCCAGCCUAUAUAUUUGCUGGCUGGAGUUUGGCUGACUCUCUGAAAUCAAAAUCUAUUUUCUGGAACUUAAUAUAUUUUGUAUGUGUAUUUGCUGUCACAGUUCCUCAAAAGCUACUGGAAUUUCGUUACUUCAUUUUGCCAUUUUUAAUAUAUAGGCUCAAUAUUCCAGUUCCACCUCUUUCCAGGCUUCUUCUUGAGCUGACUUUAUAUGUUGUUGUGAAUGCAGUAACCUUUCAUCUAUUUCUGAACAAAACAUUUCAGUGGCCAAAUAGUGAAGAAAUCCAGAGGUUUAUGUGGUGAUUUUGUACUCUUUAAGAAGACUCAAUUCUGUGCCUUUUCUGCAAUGAAUAAGUGACUACAGGCCCUAAAAUUAAGUAAAGUGUAUUGCUAUGUGUAACUUUUCUGUGGACAGCAUAGGGCAGGGAUUGGCAACCUUUGGCCCGUGGCCCGUCAGGGAAACCUGCUGGCGGGCCGGGACAGUUUGUUUAUCGGCAGCGUCCGCAGGUUCGGCCGAUCGCAGCUCCCACUGGCCGCGGUUCGCUGUUCCAAGCCAAUGGGGGCUGUGGGAAGUGGCGUGGGCCGAGGGAUGUGCUGGCUACGUGCCAAAGGUUGUCGAUCCCUGGUGUAGGUACUGAAGUGAGUUGGAUGUUUAUAUUCCUGGAAAUGAAUAUGAGAUCUGAUUUACUCUUUCUACAUGAUAGGGUAUUACACCAAAUUUAUAAGGCUAUAGGGUCCUGGAUUUAAUAAAUAUGGCAUCAGGGAAAAUUCAGAAGUGUUUCCAAACAUUCUGCAAUUAAUGUGAAAUGAGGGAGAUGUUUACAGUCAUAAUUCAUAAUAAUAAUGUUGUUCUAUGGUAAAUACUUAUAAAACUGUGUUUCCUCUAGUGGGGGCUCUGGAAAAAGAUUUAUCUGCUAUUAGACACCAAGGAAAAAAGUAACUGAUACUUGGAAAUGUUGGAGUAAACGUUAAAUUCUUGGUUGGAGACCAGCACAAAUAAAACUUUUAAAAAAAUUGCAAAUUAAUUGGUAAGCAUUCUGAUUUCAGGUUGUAGGGUUUUUUCCAAAGUAUUUCAGCAGUUAAAUAUUUAUCUAAGUUAUGACCGGUUUUCAUAAACAGUAAAAAUCUGCAGCGUAGGUCAUUUCCAUCCAUAUCUGUUAGAGAUCAGGGGUUAAAUCCAGGGAAACCAGGAUUUCACCCCAGAUUCUUCAGGGGUAAAAUUUUUAAAGUUCCUACUUCCCAAUUACUUUCACUGAGAUUUAGGCUGCUAAGUGCCUAAGUCACUCUUGAAAAUGUGACCUAGGCUCCUAAGUCACUUAGGUGUUUUGAACAUUUUACCCCAGAUCAAUAUUUAUAAACUCAU